AGGGUAGCGCCUGCGCCCGGGCUCGACCGGGACCCCUGCCCGAGGAGCGCCACUCCCGAGCGCGACGUAGCUCGGGUGCGAGCGUCCGGACGAUGUCCAGUGAAAGGAUCAAAGAACAGAGGAGCAACCGGAGUACCGGCGGCCCCCUGCAGGCGCUCGCCUUAUAGGAGAGGAGGACGAGGGCCUAGGAGGCCCGGAAUAUAUAAAAUUAAAAAUAAAGAGAAAGGCCAAAAAUACCGGUGAGUGGCACGAGAAGAGGUCCCCGAGGAAGAUAUCGAGGACGAGGAGGAGGAGGAGGAGGCGGAGGAGGUGGAGGUGGAGGUGGAGGUAGUGUGCAGGAAGAGCUGGGGGAUAAGGAUAGCGAGGGCCAGGCCAGGAUAGGACAGGCCCGACCCGACCCGGCCCGCUUCGAGGAUCUUCCAAGGAUCAACGAGGGCCGCAAAUCGUCGUAGCACCGAAGAGAAGAACAAAAAAAAAACGAGAAACAACUCAUCGUCGGAACCCCGCCUCUGGUUAAAAAGAAGAAAAAUAAUAAUAAUAAUAAUAAUAAUAACAAUAGUAAUAACAAUAGUAAUAGUAAUAGUAAUAAUAAACAUAGUAAUAAUAAUAACAAUAAUAAUAACAAUAAUAAUACCAGUUAUAAUAAUAAUAAUAAUAAUAAUAACAAUAACCAGGGACCACAGAGGAAUACAAGGGAUACGUCGACCUCUACGCGCGGAGCAUCGUAACUACGGCGAUUACAACGUUCUUAAACGGAAAACUGAGGAGGAAUCAAAAUCAAAAGGGAAAAAGAAGAAAAAGAAAAAAGAAAGAAUGAGAAAAACCAAGAACAAUCAUUUAUUUAUUACCAUGAGUAAAAGAACAAAAAAACUAACCGAAUAAGGAUCAACGGUAUGUAAGUGGCGGUGUUGGAGGAGAAUAAAUAAAAACAAGUUCAAAUUUUCAAGCUUCGUUGAUUGAUGAGAAAUGAGGAGGAUCGGAUAUAUCAGCGUUGUUGCAUAUAAAUUCAUAACCGAAUCGUCAGAUUAUAAAUUAACAAAUAAUUAAAAUCAGUGAUAAAUCAACGAGACUUCGAAGUGUGUGAUAGUGUCUGUCUGUCUGUCUGUCUGUCGCGCAGUGGCUGCAGUAUAUAUAUACAUAUAUAUAUAUAUAUAUAUGAUAAAUAAUAAUAAUAGUAGUAAUGAUAAUAUUAACGAUACUCGAUAAUAAUUAUUAUAGCUGUCGAGUGUACGAUAGAUAAAGUCCGUUUAUUCGAAGACGUACUGCGCGAAGAAAAGAAACAAAAGAAUUCACGAUUGAUUUAUCGAUAGAUAAAAGGUAUAUCGAUCAAUAUAUAACGAAUAAAACGUUACGAAUAAAAACAAAAAACGAAAAACAAAAAAAAAAAAAAACAUCAAAAAGCGUAAGGAAACUUACAACAGAGGAGAGGAUGCGGUCGCACGCAGCAUCCUGGAGCAUAGCGCUCCUCGCGGCAACCGUUACCUUAUUGCCAGCUACGUAUCGCCUUCCUUUCGCCCAUGCAGCGAGAAACGGUGGUUCGCAGGGCGUUAGCGCGGUGAAUAUUUCAAAGAUCCUUGACUCCUUCUCGGUCAAUUAUGACAAAAGAGUAAGGCCGAACUACGGAGGUCCGCCCGUGGAGGUCGGCGUCACCAUGUAUGUCCUCAGCAUCAGCUCCGUGUCCGAAGUGUUGAUGGACUUUACGCUGGAUUUUUACUUUCGUCAAUUCUGGAAAGAUCCUCGGCUCGCCUUCAACAAGUGGGAAGAGGUCGAAACUCUGAGCGUCGGAUCGGAGUUCAUAAAAAAUAUAUGGGUACCAGAUACGUUUUUUGUAAACGAGAAACAGUCCUACUUCCACAUCGCAACCACCAGCAACGAGUUCAUUCGCAUACACUACUCGGGCAGUAUCACGAGGAGCAUACGUUUAACAAUCACAGCCUCGUGUCCAAUGAACCUACAAUAUUUUCCAAUGGACCGACAGCUCUGCCAUAUCGAGAUCGAAAGUUUUGGAUACACAAUGCGCGAUAUUCGGUACAAAUGGAACGCAGGCCUACAAUCGGUCGGCAUCUCGAACGAAGUGGAACUCCCCCAGUUUCGUGUGCUCGGGCACAGACAACGACAGACUACUAUACACCUCUCAACAGGUAACUAUUCCAGACUCGCAUGCGAGAUCCAGUUCGUACGAUCGAUGGGCUACUACCUGAUUCAAAUCUACAUUCCUUCGGGGCUGAUCGUAAUUAUCUCAUGGGUGAGCUUUUGGCUAAACCGAAAUGCGACCCCCGCUCGGGUCGCCCUCGGAGUAACCACUGUUCUGACCAUGACAACUCUCAUGUCCUCGACAAAUGCCGCUCUGCCAAAAAUAUCAUACGUCAAGUCCAUCGACGUCUACCUGGGAACCUGCUUCGUCAUGGUAUUCGCAUCUCUACUCGAGUACGCGACCGUCGGCUACAUGGCGAAGCGGAUUCAGAUGCGUAAAAAUCGUUUCCAAAAGAUUGCCGAGAGCAUGAAAGCGGCGCGGGAAAAUCCGGGUCCUCCAGGCGUACCGGGUGACCACGGUGACCACGCGCCCAAACAAACUUGGUCCCGUGUUGUCCAGGAGGUGCGGUUCAAAGUUCACGAUCCGAAGGCUCACAGCAAGGGCGGUACCUUAGAGAACACCAUAAACGGAAGAGCCGACGAAGAGGCACCGCCCGCACCGCAACAUUUAAUUCACCCGGGAAAAGACAUCAGCAAGUUGUACGGUGAGCAUACACGGCAGACCAUGUGUGGUAUAACGCCGUCCGACAUCGACAAGUAUUCGAGAAUCGUGUUCCCUGUUUGCUUCGUAUGUUUCAACUUGAUGUACUGGAUAAUAUAUCUGCACAUCAGUGACGUUGUUGCCGAUGAUCUUGUGCUACUCGAAGAAGCUAAGUAAAGACGAAAAAGAAAACGAGGAAUAUAAUUUAGAAACAAAAAGAAGUAGAAGAAAGAAGAAUAAUAAUAAUAAUAACGAGAAGAAGACGAGUAAAUCCAAAAACCCGAAAAAAAAAAAGAAAUUAUAUGAAGAAUGAUGAUAAACUUAAUUACGUAAUAAUUAACAUAACGUGCUGUGACAAAUGGUUUUGCUCACACUGCCCACUGCAGUUAUACUUUAUAUAUGUUAUACCUAAGAGUAGGAAGAGAGAGAGAGAUAAGUAAAAAUUAAAAUAUCUCAAUCAAUCGAAAAAUUUUAGCAUUCGAUUUUGCGUAUAAAUUUAUCGAACAAAAAUCUUCUUAACAACGUCAGAAUAUUAAUGAGAAAAAAAAAAUAUCCAAAAUGAAAGAUUGAUAUAAUGUAACUCUUAUAUAAUUAUGUAAAUACCGAGCCACAGAAGAAUUUGAUAUAUACCAUUAUAUUAUUAAAACCACAAUAAAUGAUCAAAGUAUAAAACAAACGAGAAAAAAUGCAAUAAUAUAAAUUGAAAACUUACAACAACAAAAAAAAAAUUUAUAUAUAUACAUUAUAUUUAAUAUCCCAUUCAUUUUUGACAUUGCUCAUUGAAUAUUGUAGAAUUAAAGAGAAGGCAAAAUAAAUGAAAGAAAUAAAAAAUAACCUAUAUAAAUCGCGAGAAAUAAUUAAGGAUUUUUCUUACUUGAAAAAAAAUAAAAAAUAAAAAAAUCCUAGAUCAUACACAUGAUUAUUUAUACCGUGGCUCGACUGGGAUGACGAUACAUACAUUCUAAAUAAUAAAAUACUAGUGAAAUUGAAAGAGCGUGUUGCGUGCGUAGAAAUGAAUAAAUAAAUGAAACGGGUGUGAGGAAAUGAGAGAAAAAUGAAAAAAAAAUGAACUAUCGAUCGAUAAACGAAUGAAUUACUACGGAUAUUGUUAUUAUUAUCAAUAUUACCAACGAGAUAACGGUCGCGGUGCAGUGUUGGCAAAUCCUUUAAAAAAAAAAAAAUGAAAAAUGAAAAACCAAAAAAAAACACGAACAUAUACCUUAAACAUUGCCAGUAUAAUAUCUAGUCUUUAAACCUCGGUAUAAACACGUCAAUUUAGCCACACUAAUAGUUUAAUAAGAGAUCGCACUUCAUCGGCUUAAGAGCGCACUUAAAAAACAUAUAAAUAACGCUAAUUAUCAAAACUGAAUAUUAGACAAAAGAUAAAAUAGUUGAGAACAAAACGAACAGAGAAAAUGAAAGGAGAAUUCUUAUAUGUAUAAAAAAGGACUAAGUGCAGCGUGGUGCGUAAAAUAUAAUACAUAAAUUAUAUAUAGUAUAUACCGUAUAUAUAUGUAUAUAUAAUAAAUGCAGAUAAAAAACAAAAUUCACGGGAUCGUGCAGAGAAAAAAACAGCAUUUUUCGUUGUAUUUUUAUCACUUUUAUUUCUUCUAAUAUACUUCGAAAUCUUUUAUUUUCUUGAAUAAUAAGAUUGAACAAUUUUUCAACAAGGAAAUGCACGUACAUAUUUACGAACUAACAUCACAUCAAAAACGAGACAAAAAUUGACGAGAGGAGAGUAAGAAAAAAGUGAAUUGAUUAUAUACUUAUAUACAUGUAUAAAUUUCUAAAAAUCUGUUAUGCGUCGUGUUAAAAAUGCUGAUUGGAUCGAGACUGAUCGAAAUAUUAAAGUUAUAGCCAAACAAAAAAGCGAUUUGAAGAGAAGAGAAAAAAUUUAAAAAUAUAUACAAAGAGAAAAAAACUUUCAUAGGAAUCGUAAAAAUUAUUGGCGGUUGCAACGUGAUAUUUGUGUCACGCUGCAUCCUACAACCCUUUUCUACUCAUAUUUUUUUUCCAUCUCUCUGCUCGGGAAUUGGUCGUAGUAAAAGUUGAAUUUUUCGGUGCUUGCGGGGGUUGAAGAAGAAAGAGAAUGUAGAAGAGAUGGAAGAUUACCAUUCACGGCGCGGUAAUAUCGACCAGACACGCCCAGCCACCCUUGGCUGCAGCGGUAACACGGGGAUGACCUUUGACUCUUUAAUCUUCAAAACCCGCCAGAUAUAUAUUCAAGUGACAAUUACGCGUGGAAAGUAAAUGAGAUAAAAAAUAAAUGAAUAAAUAAAGAAAUAACCGAUGCAAGAAUCGGUGAUUCUCAUCUCGCUCACAAUAGUGUUAAUUGACUGGAAUUUUGUUGAUUUUUCUCCAUUUUUGUUACUCAUCCGUACAGAUAUGGAUUUACAUACCGUUUGGAAUCGGAAAAGAAAAAUUAUCCGUUUCUCUUUUCUUUUCAUUAUUACCUGCACCUGGAAAAUCAAAACCUCAAAAGAAGUGUAGAUUAUAAUCAUAGCUCUACCUCAACGACAAAUGAGUAUAAUCAACGUUCCAAAUAAACAGUAUAAUAUAUCGUACAAUCGUUUUUCAUAUAUUUUGUUAAUGAGAAGAAAAAAAAAAUUAUAAUUUACAUUUAUUGUUAUCAUUUAACGAAUAAUCUAUAAAGUAUAAUAUAUUUUCAAAUAUAAUUCUAAACGACGGACUAUCCGAUUUCUCCUUCUUCUAUUAGAGAACAAAAUAGAAAUAGUAAUAAAAACAAAAAUAAUCUAAAUAAAAACCCAAAACAAAAUCAUAGAUAAACCGGACAGGUAAAAAUUAAAAUGAAAUAUUUCGAAAAGUAAAUUAGAACAAAAAAAAGGUAAAAGGUAUAUCGCGAAUAUUACUAUAUAUACAUAUAUAGUUUACAACAAAAAUAUAUAAUAUAUAUGAAUUAGAAGAAAUAAAAAAAUUCAUCUGUCCUCUGGUAGGAUUUCCGUUACGCGCGGCAGGCUGCCAAUAUAAUUAUAUAUACCUAUAUACAUUACCUGUAUUAUCGCGGAAAUGGAAUAAAAAAUUAAAGAAGAAAUAAAAUGAAACGACAUUACGACGCGAUGAAAUGUAAUUAAAAUAUAAAAAGAGAAAACGAAAAUGAAAUGGAAAAAAAGACAAAAAGCAAAAAAAAAAAGUUAUAUAAAAAAAAACUAAUACGAUAAGCGAAGCUAUCUCUCAAAGAGUCAGCCCGAUUCGCUCGACGCAAUUAAACUACUAAAUUAGUCAUCCUGUACAUACAAGUUUUAUACAGAAUAUUGUAUUCAUUAAUAUAUAACAUAGAUAUAAAAUAUAUAUUUAUGCAUACAUAUAUACUCAUAUAUAAUGGUCCUAUUACAUGAUAUAGAAAUAAAGAGAAAUCAAACCAAAAAAAUGAAUGGAUGGAAAACGAUAGAUUAAUAUUAUACCACUCGUGGUACAUCGUUAUGUGACGUUAUUAUUUUAUAUAUACGUAUGUAUAAAUAUGUAUGUAAUUAACUAUUAAUACUUAUAUAAGUUAUAAGAUUACAAUAUGUAAAAUACAAAAUAUAACAUACACGAUAUACAUAUACAUAUUAUACAUAAAUAUAAUAUAGUGAUGAAAGUAGAAAGUGUUUCGAGAGGAAAUUGUAGAUCCUUGUCGAGAAAAAAAUUAUUGAUACAACUAUUAUUAAUUUUUUACAAUCAUUAUUCAUUCAUUUAUUUAAUCACUCGUCUUAUUGAUUUCAUUGAAUUUGUAAUCACGUAUACGUACGCCUAUGUAUGACUAAGAGAAAUUUUGGGUCUCAAUUAUAUACAGCGAUCAUAUGAGAUGAUGAUAACAAUAAUAAAAAUAAUAACGAUGACAACGAUCACCGAUCCGAAUUAGAUCGGGACGGAGAUCGUCGGUGAAAAAAAAGUUAAAAAAAAAGGGGAAGAUUCCGUUGUAUCCGCGUACGCGAUGUACAGCCGCUAAUUAUGUGAUUGAAAAGAAGUCAUGAUCGGUUCGAAUAUAUAUAUGUAUAUGUAUAUAUAUAUAUAUACACCUUUAACAAUAUAUAUAUAAUAACGCAAACUGCCAACUUCAUAUAUUAUUACAAAUAAUAGUUAAUAAUAGAAAAAGAAAAACCAAAAAAAAAAAAUAAAGAAAAGAAGAAUAAGAACGAAAGGAAAAGUACUAUCGUGACGCUGCAGAAUUAUAAAA